UGUCAAUUGGAUAUAUAAGUGGCUACUAAUAAAAAAAACACACAAGCCCACAGAGUUUAUUGUUUGUGUUUUCCAUCAUUGUUCAAAAAAAGCAAUCGCUGUUCAUUUAAUUGAGCAGAUUGUAAGCAAAAAAAAAUUGGUAAAACAAAAACAAAAAACACAAAACUAAAGCUAUUGGCGUAAAAUGAAUCGAACCGAAAGUGUUUUUACACAAGAUGGAUUAUCGUCUACUGUAGAUACUUCGGACAAACUAAAAUUGGGUGAAUUUUUUUAUCUUCGUAGGAAUAAUCGAUAUUCGUUAAUUUGCGUGCAUUGUUUCCAAGAGUUUGAUCAAGAGCGUUUUGCUGAGUUUACCGUUCACAUUGAACAGCAUUUGUUACGGAUUUGGGGUAUUCAAGUGAAACCGAUGAAAAUGGAAAAUCCAACUGGAACCGGAGCAGCACUCCCAUUGCCACCGCACGCUGGUGCGUACGCAGCAGCAGCAGCAGCAAACGAUUUGUCAUUGUUUAAAAAUGAAUUUGGUGGGCCAACGAAUGCGGGCGAAUUACCGCAAUAUUUUUACAAUGGUUACAAUCCGGCAAACGGUUGGUUUCAAUCCGAUAAUAAUCAGCAAUCGUCGUCGGCGGCGGCCAAUCAGGCCGAUAUGAAUUGCCGCAAAAAUACGAACAAUUCACAACAAUACGAAGACGAGUUCAAUGCAUUGAAACGAUCAUUCAAUGAACCCAUGUUUGUUAUCAACGAUACGCCCGAAGUGAGACAAUUGUCGCAAUACCUGGCCGAAAGUUAUCCGAUUGAAAAACGCGCCGGCCAAUACAAAUGUCCUCUUUGCGAAAAACUGUUUAAUGGCUCGGCAUUGGCACGUCGUCACGUGUACACGCACAGCGUUGAUAAAGUGUUUGCUUGUGGCACAUGCCAGCGUAAAUUUUCGCACGCUAGACAUCUACGCGACCACAUCAGGACAAAGCAUGGCAAUCCAGCCAAUCUUCCGGAGCGACCGACAAACCGUGGUUCUUCCUCCAGCAGCAACAAUCGAUCUUCUUAUGAUAUAUCCAAUGUAUCUCACUCUCUUGGAAACCAUUUUAUGAAUGUAUCAGGCGGUGGACAUUCAAUGGUAUUGACUGGUGAGGCUGGGAGUACGUCAUUUCAGCAGGAAUUCGAUGCACUUCAAGCAUUGUACAAGGACAACAAGUCAAUCAUAGUAAAUGAUUUGCCGGAAAUUCGUGAAAUUUCGCAAUAUCUCAUGCCGAACUAUGAAUUCUCGAAGAUAAACGAUCAGGUGAUGUGCCCACUAUGUGAUGGCACAUUCAAUUCAAAAUCAACGGUACGCAGACACCUCACAAACCAUUUGCGUAUCAAAAUGUUCCGCUGCGGGCAGUGCGAAAGAGAGUUCCGUCACGCAAGACAUUGCCAGGAGCACAUCAAAUCGAAGCAUCAUUCAAAUUUUUAUGACGGCAGUAGCUCAAGCACCGAACACAAGGCCGGCGGCCGAAACAAACCCGUUGCCAUUAAAUCAGAACCAUACGAAACAAAUAAAAAAAUCGAAUGCUACAUUUGCCAUACGAAAUUCAAGCGUCGCAGCAAUUUAAAAACCGCCGCCGGAUCAUAUGCCGGUGAUUCGAAUUGCUGCAAUGCUUGCAACAAGAAUUUAGCCAGACGUCCGACAAUGAUGAAUAUGCGCAUACCGAUUGUUGACGAUAAAAAUGCUGUGCGCCAUUUGGCGCGACCAGAUGAACCGAAGCACAAGUGCGAUGUGUGCCACGAGUCAUUCAAUCGUGCCGAUAAAUUGCUUAACCAUCGACGCACUCACAAAGAACCGAUGAAAUUCUAUUGCAAAUUCUGUAAUCUUGGAUUCAUGGAUCAAAAAACCUAUGCAACACAUGAAAUGCAACACGCCAAGCCGUCGUAUGCACACGACGAUCGAAGGAAACCAGAAAUACCAAACCCAAUUCACAUGUCGAUGGUCGGCAUGCCGAUCCAAAUGGAUGACUUUGAGUCGGUUUACCUACAGGACGAGUAUGGUAGUGGUAAUCCGAAGCGGCUUUGUCCCCUGGAUCGUUUGAAAAUUGGCGAAGUGUUUCAAGUGCGACAAAAUCAAUUUGUCUUCGCUUGCAUCCAUUGUACACAGGAAUUUCAGCAAUUUGCUCGAUUUACCGCCCACAUACAGAGUCAUUACAACAGCGCGCUACAGUGGAUGGGUACACCACAAAAUGAAUCGUAUGAAAUGCCCGUCGAACAACCAACACCGGCCGUCGCAAGUAUUGAAAAUGUUGAAUGGCUGUUCAGUGAUUCAAGCAACGAUUCGACGUGUGGUGAGGAAGACAACGAUGACGAUGUGCACGAGUUGAUCGACAUCGAGUGUAAAGUAAAUAUUCGUGAAGAUGACAACGACACGGAAAUGUUGAACGAGGAAGAUUCCUGUGGUUUGAAUGAACCAACAACAUCACUAGAGACGUGUUUCAAACUAAAGCAUCCACUGAUUCGUGUGAAAGACACAUCAGACACACGUAAAUUAUUGCCGUAUUUUUCGAAAAAGUUUACUUCCAAACGCACCGCCGAUGAUCAACGCUUCAAGUGUCCGAUGUGUGAUUUUUUGGCCAACAACAAGGCAAAUUUCCGAAGGCACAUUUUUACACAUUCAGAAAUGAAGAUAUUUUCAUGUAAGCUAUGCAACAAAGAUUUCAGCCAACCGAGCGAUAUUUUGGGUCACAUUGAACAAAAGCACAACGAUGUGGCCGUGUUGACGGAACGUCAGCCGAAAAAAUUGAAAAUUGAAAAAUUUGGGAGCGGCGGUGGCGUUAUCAAUCCAUCAUCAAAUUUACUCAUCGCGCCAAAGAUGAAAAUGAACGCAAAAAUGCUGUACAGCGCUGGAGUAAAUGGUGAUAAAAGCCGAUCGCAGUGUUUACUUUGUUUCAAAACUUUCUCCAGACCGAAUGGCAUUGUAAAACACAUGAAGACACAUACACAGGAGAAGAAUUAUCAGUGCUUUACAUGCGGCGCACAAUUUAGUCGGUCUGACCAUUUGAAUCGUCAUAUGCUGAUACACGAAGAACCCAAGUUCAAAUGCGAUAUAUGUGACAUGUCAUUUAGACGCUCCGAUAAAAUGCUGAUACAUCGACGAAAACAUCCAGAGGCGAUGAAUUACACCUGUGAAAAAUGCGGUCUCGGAUUUAUGGAAUUAACGUCAAUUAAAACCCAUGUGAAUUUCCACUGCAAAGGAAAGCCAGAUAUUAACGAAUCACAAACCGAUAGUUUCGGUGAUCAAACGGCUGAAUUGAAAAUUGAACGACAUUCGGGAGGAAAUACGGCAGCGGUACAAUUCGACAGCGGUCCAAGCGCUGUUAAUUAUCUCAACGAAUCAUGAGAUUAAAUUUAUUGCACACAUUCAAACGAACAAAUUCUAAUGUUUAGAUAUUUUUGUAUUAAUAUAUGUGAACGAACUCAUUAUUUGCCAGAUUUUUUUAACAGAAAUUAGGGAAUAAAGAAGGGAGAAAAAACACACA